GACGUAUGACAGUCCCGAAUUACGGGUAGAAGGCCAGUCGUCCAGUACGGCUCACUAAGGCAGGUCCGUCCCUCGAGCUCACGACGCGGCGACGACCCUUCAGCGUCGGUGGCCGGCUCCACAGCGCACAGAUACUUCCAUCAGGUGAAACCAUCAUAAAAGGAACAAAAUGUGUGACGACGACGCGACCGCGCUGGUCUGCGACAAUGGGUCUGGACUCUGCAAGGCCGGCUUCGCUGGUGACGACGCUCCCCGCGCCGUCUUUCCCUCCAUCGUCGGCCGUCCUCGUCACCAGGGUGUGAUGGUCGGUAUGGGUCAGAAGGACGCCUACGUCGGUGAUGAGGCCCAGAGCAAGAGAGGUAUCCUGACUCUCAAGUACCCCAUCGAGCACGGCAUCAUCACCAACUGGGACGACAUGGAGAAGAUCUGGCAUCACACUUUCUACAACGAGCUUCGUGUUGCCCCUGAGGAGUCCCCAACACUACUGACGGAGGCUCCCCUCAACCCCAAGGCCAACCGUGAGAAGAUGACACAGAUCAUGUUCGAGACCUUCAGCUGUCCCGCCAUGUACGUGGCCAUCCAGGCCGUACUGUCCCUGUACGCCUCUGGUCGUACUACAGGUAUCGUGCUGGACUCCGGUGAUGGAGUGUCCCACACUGUCCCCAUCUACGAGGGUUAUGCUCUUCCCCACGCCAUUAUGCGUCUCGACUUGGCUGGACGAGACUUAACUGACUACUUGAUGAAGAUUUUGACUGAACGUGGGUAUUCUUUUACUACCACAGCCGAGCGUGAGAUAGUUCGAGACAUUAAAGAAAAGUUGUGUUAUGUGGCUCUAGACUUUGAGAAUGAAAUGGCACAGGCAGCUGCAUCUACUUCCCUGGACAAGUCCUACGAGCUUCCGGACGGUCAGGUCAUCACCAUCGGCAACGAGCGUUUCCGUGCUCCUGAAGCUCUUUUCCAGCCUUCCUUCCUGGGUAUGGAAUCUGUUGGUGUUCACGAGACCGUCCACUGUUCAAUCAUGAGGUGCGACAUUGACAUUAGAAAGGACCUAUUUGCCAACACUGUCAUGUCUGGUGGUACCACCAUGUACCCUGGUAUUGCUGACCGCAUGCAGAAGGAAAUCACCAACUUGGCUCCCUCCACCAUCAAGAUCAAGAUCAUUGCUCCUCCCGAGCGUAAGUACUCCGUCUGGAUCGGUGGCUCCAUCCUGGCCUCUCUCUCCACCUUCCAGGCCAUGUGGGUGACUAAAGAAGAAUAUGAUGAGUCUGGCCCUGGCAUCGUCCACCGCAAGUGCUUCUAAAUGUAUUAAAUGAGCUCAUUAUUUGCUCAUUUAUUUAAGGAUGCCAUGUACAUUGUAUUAAGUUCUGUCAGCCUUUGUUAUUUUUUUAUUGAGCUUAUUUCUUUUGUUCUACAGUUUAUCUCUGUGAAUUAUUUAAUUUUCUUUUAUUUCACUAGCUAUAAAAGAACCCACAAAACAGUUUGAAAAAGGAA